AUGAUGAAUGAAAUGAAUACCUCCAUUCCAUCUUUUGAUAGGAACAGCAACAUGACUGAAAAUUCCAAUCCAUCUCUUGAAUCCAUGUCUCAUCCAAUGACAUCUGAAUCACAUGUAGUGACUCUUCCAAAUCAUCAAAUCAUGUCUUCACUACCAGAACUUGAAUCAUCAACAUCAAUAAUAUCAACACCAACAACUCUAUCAACAACAACAACCGCAACAACUCUAUCAACAACAACAAUAUCAACACCACUCGAAUCAUCAUGUCCUAUCAAUAUUGGUUUGACACCUGAAAUUAUAAGAGAACAACCAGUGACUGAUAUUUCAAAUUCAUGCAGCAAUUUCACUACUGAAAUUACAUGUCCUACUCCACUCUUAUCCACAACAGCGACUACUUUUCAACUUGUACAAAAAACAACACCUACUUCACCUACUUCUCCAUCCUCAGUAUUAGAAUCACAAUUGAAACAACAUUUAAUUGAAACAUUGACAAAAGCAUCAGUGGCUAUUCGAUGUGAUAUUGUUGAUCAUCAAUAUUCACAAGCAAGACAAUUAUAUUUAGAAGUAUCAAACAUGUUGAAUCAAUUAUCUCCAUUCAUUCCUCAACAAUAUAGUAGUGUGUUAUUGAAAUAUAGUAAAUUAUAUUUAGAGAGAGGAAAUCAUUUAGGAAAACAAUCAUUGACCAAUUCAGAACAAUUUAUCAAAAAGACGAAUAAUAGUAGUAAUAGUAGUGGAAAUAUUAAUGGAAAUAUUAAUGGAAAUAUUAAUAGUAGCAGUAGUAAUAGUAGUAAUAUCAGUAGUAGUAGUAGUAAUAGUAGUAGUAGUAGUGGAGUUAAAACUGUGAAUCAGGAUGUAUCAAGUACAUCUAGUUCAAGUGGUUCCACAAAUCAGAUCAAUAUGAAUACUUUUGAAAAUAGUGUCAAUCAUAAUAGUAACGUCAAUAAUCCUAAUAAUAACAACACAUCCACCACUACUAGUACUACUAGUACUACUUCACUUUCAAAUAUAUUAUCCAGUCAUAAGAAAAUCAAAAAGAGUGUCAAGGAAUUGAAUUCCGAAUUGCAUGAUUAUUUAUAUUCAUCAACAACCAACUCUUCUCAUUCAUCAUCAUUAUCUUUACAAAUCUCACCAAAUAUCACAUCUAAUAAUAAUAACAUCACAAUGACUACCAAUCAAACUUCUCAUCCAACUAUUUCUACUACUAUUAAUACUACUAUUAAUACCAAUACUAACACCUCCACAACAACAUGCUCUUUAUCCAAUUAUUAUUAUCAAAUUCAAAAUCCCAUUCAACUCAAUGACAAGUAUCAAUUUAUUGAAGAAUCUCUACCACCCUAUAAUACAGAUUUGAAUGCACCUCUCCAAUCGACACAUCGACCUUAUUGGCUCAUGAAUCGAUUAGGAUCUAUUAUUUUAAAUGGAGGAUAUUUAACCAAUGAUUUGUAUAUUAGCAAACAAGUAUGGUUUCAAAGUGGAGUGAAAUUAAGUUCACAACAACACAAGAUUAAUUUUUGUCAAAAAUUAUGUGAAAUGAUUGGAGAUUUUAAAACAGAAAUGAUUGUUCAUUGUCAAUCCAAUAGAAGUGGUAAUAGUAAUAGUAAUAGUAAUAGUAGUAGUAAUAAUGGUAGUAAUAGUAUUAAUAGUAAUAGUAUUAAUAGUAAUAAUAAUAGUGGUGAUCAUCGAAAUACUGAACACUCUGAAAAAUCAAAUACACUCAUUCAUAAUCCUUCUAUCAUUCCAAUGAAAUCAACAACAAUACUCUCUCAUGAUAUUCGAACCAUUGAUUACAAAAUAGUUCUCUCAUUAUUAGACAAAUUUAUAGAUCAAGCGCAUCUUGCUCAAAAAGAAUUAUCAAAAUAUGUUCAUUUAACACCCUUAACAACACCUCAAUAUCAACAACAAUUACAACAAUCACAACAUUCAACACUCAUCCAAUCACAACAACAACAACAACAACCAUCUUCAUCCCUCCAACCUUCCUAUUCCAUUACUACUACUACUACAACACGUACGAGCACACAAGAGAACAACAACAACAACACUAUUCUCAGUAGUAUCUUUCAUACUGUUGGAUCUAUUGCAUCCAGUGGAAUGAAUACUCUCACUGAGGUUUUGUAUGAUCAUGAAGAUUCAAUAAUGGAAGCACCACCACCACCACAACAACAAGAACAACAGAAUCAAGAUGAUGAUACUACGGGUGGUGCUGAUGGUGAUGGUAUGGAAAAUUCUUCAAAACCAUACGACUUAUCGAGUAAUGAAGAUGUUGCAGUAACCACUCAAUCCAGUAAUAGUAAUAACAAUCACAACAACAUGAAACACCACAUCUCGACAUCUGAUUCUCAUACCUCAACAACUCCAAAUCAUCAAACAACAACAACAACUGCUACUAUUACUCCAAGUAGUAGUAAUAAUACUACUACUACUACUACUACAAAUAACAACACCAAUAAUAACAGUAACAAUAAUAGUAACAAUAAUAGUAACAAUAAUAACAACAACAACAACAAUUCAACAUCAUUCAGUAAGGUAUUUGGAUUUGGUAAAUCUCUCUAUAAAUCCAUAUCAAGUACUAUAAAAAGUGGAUCCAAUAGUAUCAUGUCUACAGUCGCAAGUGCAGCAACACAAGCAACAACCAAAGAAGAGACCACUGAGAGACCUUACAUUCCAUGGCUCAUUCAAGUGUGUAAUAGUGUUCAAUGUUUGGAUGAGUACAUGACUCUAUAUGAAAAGGAAUUACAAAAUGGUAAAUAUCCAAUGCCUAUGAGGACAAACAAUGACAUUCCAUUACAAGAUUUGAAACUUAUUGUUGAGAAAUUUGAAAGAAUUUCACUCGUGUUGAAUCAAACAUUAUGUACAUUCAUGAUUCAUGAUUUGAAUAUUUUAUUAGACAAGUAUUUAUUGAAACAACGAGAUGCAUUAUCUAAAUUAUUUAUUCAUUCCAAGAAUGUAUAUUCGUUUCAUGAUUCUAUGAGCACAAUGAGCACGACGACUAGCACGAACAUGAAUUGA